AUGAUAGGCUUCCUUCGUGCAAACACGUCGGGGCGGGACGCCAGCCCUGACUUCGAAGCGAAGAAUGCUGCUAGAGUCCGUGACAUAGUCCGUCGUGCUGCAGCAGAGGAUAUCGUUGCCUACCGAGACUUUACUUUCCGCGGGAGGCUACUCCUCGACCCCAUCGACUCAUACACAGUCGAUAAUGCUGUCUCAUGGCUCGACGUUGACAGCUUCAAAUCGUGGUACAUCCGCCGGCUGCAAUCAGUACCUGUGCCUACUAUGCCCCAGUCACCCUCUCGCGGACUCCCAGCCUUGCCUGAAGAUCGCUUGUCGCGCUCGGCCUCACGACCAGAGCGGUCUCUUACUAAGUCCUCACGCUUACCUGUGUCCUCUCGGCGGCCACACGAUGUUGUAUGGGAUGAUGUCCCAGCGAGUCAGACAGUCUUUGAACACCCCGGAUCACCAUCAAUCAGCACACCAUUCACAGAUGAUGAACUGCCUCCAUCGUCUCCUCCGUUCGACUCGGACCUGCGAUCGUCCUCCCCGUUCAACGAGGAUCUGACAUUGUUGACUGCACCCGUGGAUGAACACCAUAUGAGUGUGCACCAGCAGAUUUCACGACGCUCUCUGGGCAAAGGCAAGGCACACAUGGGGUUUACGGGCUCUGUCUCGAGCUCGCCUGACCGCAAGCAGCAUGGCAAUGCUGCCUUGCGGUCAAGCAAGGUCGAAAUUACCAGCCCGCGUCUCUCAUUCCAGACAGUGUCAUCAGACAUUAUAGACAUCUCAGACGACUCUGACCUUGAUGUCGCUGGGGCAUCCCGACCACAGCAUCCGCCCACCGCUCGCGUCAAACGAGAGCGUGAUUCGGAUGUUGAGAUCAUUGACGUCGAUGCCUCCGAUCGGGAUGAUCGCACUCCGCACCACUACAAGAGGCUGCGCACACUACAUCAUGCAGAGCCUCAAGGAGGCGCUGGCGCUGCAAGUUCGAGCGUCACACACCGGCGUAACACGGCUACCUCUUUCAUGAUCACGCGGCAGCGUAAAGUUGCAGAAAUCGUGGAUUUGAAGAAGGUCCCUCGCACCUGGACUGUGCCACGCGAUGAGGGGUCGGUUGCAUACCGUCUUGAUCUCAGCGACGAUGAUCCGAAGAAGUGGCUCGAUGCCAGCGGUAAACUGCUUUCCAUGGCAGGUAUCAUCAAGUCCCAGGAUCUCGAUGCAUGGGGCGACGGCACAGGUGGAUCGAAGAAGAAGCUUGUGAAUGUACCAGUCCUCGGAAACGUCGACUGCCGCUAUGUCUACCAUCGAUGCCAGGGGUCCUACCAUUGCGAUCACAUAGAUGAGGACCUCGUGGACAACUUUGAGCGGUACUCUGGAGAUACUGAAUCCCGACGGGACUUCUGGGAUCUCACGCAGCAAGUCAACAUUGCACAAGGCAGUUCUGGUGUAAUGAAAGCGGCAUCAUUCUACCUUGAAAUGCAGCGUGAUCAAUGCCCUUUCGAUGGCAGCAACUGUGACGGUGUCGCUGUGUAUCGUCAGUUCAAGAAUAUCAAGUUGAACUACGACGGCAAGGCUGGUUUCAUUGGGUGCUCAAAGUUCUGGUCCAAGGAUGGUAAUGGUAAACACCGAUUCAAGACCAUACCACGAGAUGUGAAUGAACGCCACGUCCGGGAGUUAUUUGAAAAUGACGGUGUGUUCAAGGCUCCACACACUGAUCUCGUGGAGAAGACGUCACGGUGUGGGCUCAUCACGAUUCCUCGGCGAGGGGCGAAAGGAAACAAGAUGUGCUACUACGUUCAUCUUGUCGAAGGUGACCUUCCAGGGACCUGCAGACCUGAAGAAGGUCGUCUGGUGCAUCGUCCGUGCAACGCGGAGAUCAGCAUUUGGUUCCCAGACAAUCUGAAUGAUAAGCGAGCCAUUGUCUACCUCAAGAAGCCGCAUAACCAUCCGCCGCCUGAGCCGACGAAGAUGCCUCGUGAAGCACGGGACCUAUAUGCGGCUGCUGCGGCCACCCUCGGCCAUGACGGGGUAACAGUAGGAAAGGUGGACCGGGCCCAAAGCACACACGAGUUGCUCGGUGGUCAUGUUCCGUCUGAGUUUGAUCCAUCGCUCGGAGUGCCACGGAACAAGCGCAUGCUUCUCAAGGCCAUCAAGACGAAAGAGGCACCGCAUGGAAACGGCAUGGAAGGUGUAAUGGCAUAUUACCUCGCCGAGCAGCAGAAACCGAAGGAUCGACGCUAUGUACACUCGGUCAGCGCUGAUCAAGGUAUCAGUAUGAUCAUCACUGCACACCCAGUGCUUGCUGAACGUGUUCACAAUGCGCUGGCGAGCCUUCACGACAACACGUAUAAGCGUGUGCAUGGUCAACAUAAAGAAUGGGAGGCGACAUACUGGGAUGAAGCACUAAACAUGCGUGUGACGUAUGCUCGUAUCUAUUGCACUCACGAGACGGAGGAGGCAUUCUACCGUAUGUGGAGCGGCCUGUGGAAUACCAUCGAGUCAAUCACUGGUCAUCCGGUGAAGUUCAAGUUUCUACAUGGCGAAGGCCUUCGUGCGCUCGUUGUUGAUGGCAGUAAACCACAAGCAAUCGGCUGUGGACGUGACCUUGUAAACCGGAACGACCCCAGUACUAGUGGAAUCAAUGUCACGGACCCGAAGGAGAUAAUUCAGUAUAUUCUAAAGACAUGUCUUGUACACUUGGAACGUAACUUUGAUGAGCUUGCCCGGAAGGGCUGUCCACAAGAUGUUAUGGACCGCAUGCGACAACUACCCAAUCUCCGGACCCGUGACGAACUGAAUGACUUCAUUGAAUGGUGUGAGAAGUCAUCGCACAAGGCAAUCAGAGAUUGGCUUGCAGAUAAGAAACCACAUCCGUGGUUCUGGAGUGCGAUCAACAAGCACUUCUCACGCAUGGACGAAGAUGAUUGGGACAUCACACCAUCGGACACCAAUAUGAACGAGUCGGCUCACCCUGUCACAAACAGCUAUACUGGCAUUAACCGGCCCAUUUUAGAUGCGAUCAAGGGAGUAAUGGCACGGGACUAUCGGUCCAGCCCACCACUCCAGCCAGUUCGCGGGUGUCCCGCUUGA